AUGCGCCGGCCAGUGUUGCUGUCGCCUUUGCUGGUGUUGCCGAGCCUGCUAGGCUUGACUGACGCCAUUAGCCCGACGUUUCCCAAUGGGACGGAGCAAGACAACAAUGGCACUGACACAGACGCACAAACAGCCAAGAGCAGGUCUGAAUCUAUUGACCUUGACAGCUUCUGCUCUGCGCAAUUGAGCAGUUUUACUGCGACAUACAAGAGUACCGAGAUUGCUACUAGCAGGUGGACUUGGUACGAAGGGUUUGGACCCACCGAUUCUCUGGGCGAUCUGACUGGUUCUGUCACUUCUCAAACCUAUUGGACCAGUACUUUCUUAUAUACACAAUAUGCCAUUCGCGCGUACACACCAAAACCGCCGUGUUGUAGUUCAUGUUACAUGACGGCAGGAACGAUCGACUUCUAUUUCUGGCCGGACCAAGCGACUCCAACUGCACCAGUUUCGGGCCAACCCAGUACGAGCGUUAAUGCGGACGGAUUCACCUUUACAUCGCCGAGUGUAUAUAUGGCCUUCAGCUCCUUGGUCGCAAGCAACAGAUGCGGUCAAGUAGGAGAUGCAUGGACCAAUACAACGAUAGCCUUCGACGCUUCAGAGAUCACGACUGCACGGCCCGUCACCACUUUGACGCAAUACGAGUCAGACUACGUAUCUGACGGCACGACAUAUAGAGACAUGGGCUCAGCUGUGACAACUCAGCCUCCACCAAGAUCCUUGGCUUACAAUGAUGUAGGACAGAAUUGCUCAACGAUAUCUGGAUACGUCUAUUGGCCUGACAAUCCGAUCAAUGCGGCGAAUGCAAUGUAUCAUGAUGAUCCUUGUCACCCCGUCAUAUUGCUGCCGCCGAGGUUGAUCAGUAUGCAACAGCCUUGGAUCGAUGCAAGCUGUGGACCAGCGCCAGGAAUGAGUGGAGCUUACGAUCCCCCAAGAGUGUUGACACCAAUGCUUACUGGCACUGAACUUGCUACACCAACGCCGUUAUGGGGAGGGCGCUUGAGUGGAGAUGGAGAUGCUAGUCCAGCUUCCAGUGUUGAGACUGGCGCACCUAGUACGACGACGACAAGACCGGUCACCACUGGUGUGACUGCUGUCUAUGAAUCAACUAAGCCUUCAGCGUCGGCGGAAGGUGUUUCUACCGUCACCUUGACUGCGAAUGCUGUGACGACAGCGGUUGUGAUUUCUGGUCAGCAUGUCGGCACUGAUUCAGUCACUGGUAUGGCCGGAGCUAUUCUAAGUGGCCUUGGAGGCAUCGGGUCCGGGUCUAGAUCUGGAUUUGCAUCUGAAUCUGAGUCUGAAUCUGAUGCUGGAGAAAGCGCAUCCAGAUGGAAUCCCACACAGGCCGUUGCCGUAUCUGAUUUCACUGCUUCUGCUGCCAUCUCACCAUCCGGUAGCGUAAGUGGCAAGAAAGUUUCAAGCAGCAACAUCAACAACAAGAGCCCGUCCUCUGGUUCCGGCACGGCUAGCGGCACUACGAACGUCGGCUCGGCGGCUGCUACGCAAAGUGGUGCAGCGUCAACUAUUGCGCCCACAAAUUCGGCUAUGGCUAUUUGGUCAUUCCUUGCACCAAUCUUCUUCCUGUGGAUAUGA